AUGAAGUCUCUCGGUGUGGUUGCGCUGACCUGUCUCUCGUUUUCUUCCAUAUGCGCACACAAAAACACGCAGAAAAAGCAAGCGGAGGAUGCGGAGAAGCGCGCCGCCGCGGCGGUGAAAGCGAGCGGGCAGGAAGGGCCGCAGAAAAGUGCCGGGGAGAUUCGGUUAGCCAAAGAUUUAGCCGAGUUGAAGUUGGAAAAAGGGAUGUCGAUUAAGUUCCCGAACGGCAAGAACGACUUGAUGUACUUCCAGAUUGAAAUCAAACCGAGCGAAAACUAUUGGCAAGGCGGCAGGUUUACGUUUACGUUUAAAAUACCAGACUCGUACCCGCACGAACCGCCGAAAGUGUUGUGCGACCAAAUAGUGUACCAUCCGAACUUGGACACGAAAGGGAACAUUUGCUUGAACGUUUUGCGCGAAGAUUGGAGUCCGGUACAAACGGUCACGAGCGUUAUUUUUGGUUUGCUGUUUCUGUUCAUCGAUCCAAACGCCAGCGACCCGUUAAAUAGCGAAGCGGCGAAAGAUUUGAUGCAAUCGACGUCGAAUUUCAAGUCCAACGUGAGGAAGGCGAUGAUGGGUGGUAUUAUCAACGGCGUUCGGUUUACCAAGGUCAUUUGA